CUUCUUUUCAGACUGCUACUGGAACUCAGUCCGAGAAUGAUCCAAAUAAUACAACUAUUUUUGUUGGUGGGCUUGAUUCAAAUGUUACUGAAGAAGUUUUGCGGCAGGUUUUUAGCCCAUAUGGUGAGUUGGUCCAUGUAAAGAUACCUGUUGGCAAGCAUUGCGGGUUCGUCCAAUUCGCUAACAGGGCUUGUGCGGAGGAGGCGUUGCUAAUGCUGCAGGGAACCCAGUUGGGGGGACAAAAUAUACGGCUUUCAUGGGGUCGAAGCCCUACUAACAAACAGCCACAACCGGACCCCAACCAAUGGAAUGGUAGCUAUUAUGGCUAUGGGCAAGGCUAUGAAGCGUACAGUUAUGCCCAACCACCACAAGAUCCUAACAUGUAUGCUUAUGGAACCUAUCCAGGCUACGGGAACUAUCAGCAACAACAGUGAACUUCAGAGACAUGAAGCUGAGUUCUGGUCUCGAUGGUAGCAAUCGGAUAGGCUUGUUAUUCUACCCCGCUGUUUGGUAUUCUCAGUUUAUGAGGAUUCUCAUAUACGAAUGCAACCGAUUCUACUCUUUGUCCAAAUCCCUAGGAGAUUUGGUUCCUUUGUUUCAGUUUUCAACUUUGUAAUUCUGGCUGAACCUCUGGGGGCUUUAGUUAGUGGAAUGACCAUGUAUUCAGUGUUGUGAUGGCUGUUUUGUUGAAGUUUAGAUUGAAACAUAUGUUAUGCUGUGUAUGACCAUUUCGUAUCUUGAAGUUUGAUAUAGAAUUUGUGUGAUGUUUAGUUUGA